AAGGAAGAUACGUCGACUUAGCUGAGACCUGAACAAGUGAGGGAAAUCACAGCAGGAAUAACACGGGCGGCGCGAAGAGCUGAGGAGGAGGCGGGCCUCCGGGAAACGCGGCUGGGCCGCCGUGAGGGAGGCGGGUACCGGGACCCCCGGCGCGGAGGCCACGGGGAGAGCAGUGGAUGGACUCGGGGCCUUGACGACCCAGGAGGAUUUGUGGCUUCAGCCUGAGAACCAAACACAGUCACCGAGGAGGGUGGUGCGGCGAUAGGAGGGCUCAGGGCCCUCCGCCGCCCCGGCCUGCGUAGGCCUUUUGAAAACACCUUUGUGGCUGCGGUGUGUCAAAGACCGACGUGGUGCCUGUGUGAGGGCCUUUCCUCACCUCCAGGAUCUGUUUCAAGACCCUCAGCACCCUGUAAGGACUGCCAGGCCAUAAUGAAGGUUCUUUUGCUGAAAGACCCCAAGGAGGACGACUGUGGCCAGGACCCCUACGUCAGGGAGCUGGGAUUAUAUGGGCUCGAAGCCACUUUGAUCCCUGUUUUAUCGUUUGAGUUUCUGUGUCUCCCCGGUCUGUCGGAGAAGCUGUCUCAUCCCGAAGGUUACGGGGGACUCAUUUUCACCAGCCCCAGAGCGGUGGAAGCCGUGGAGCGGUGUUUGCAGAAAGACACUAAAGCUGAAGUCUGGAAGAGGUCUCUGAAAGAAAAAUGGAAUGCUAAGUCGGUGUAUGUGGUGGGACAUGCUACUGCUUCUCUAGUGAACAGAAUUGGCCUGCAUACAGAAGGAGAAACCUGUGGAAAUGCAGAGAAGCUUGCAGAAUACAUCUGCUCCAGGGAGUCAUCGGCACUGCCUCUUCUGUUUCCCUGCGGAACCCUCAAGAGAGAGAUCCUGCCAAAAAUGCUCAAGGACAAAGGGAUCCCCUUGGAGAGCGUAACCGUCUACCAGACUAUUCCGCACCCAGGGAUCCAGGGGAACCUCACCAGCUACUACACCCAGCAGGGUGUUCCCGCCAGCAUCACAUUUUUCAGUCCCUCUGGCCUGACACACAGUCUCAAGCAUAUUCAAGAGUUAUCUGGUGACAGCAUUGGCCAAAUUAAGUUCGUGGCCAUCGGCCCCACCACGGCCCACGCCCUGGCCGCACAGGGCUUGCGUGUGAGCUGCACCGCGGAGAGCCCCACGCCACACGCCCUGGCCUCCAGCAUCAGGACGGUGCUCCAGCCCCACGCGUGCUGAGUGCAAGGACCUGGCACCCUCCCUGGGCUGGGUUGCUGCCUCCGAGUAGAGCCAGGCGUCGACAGGGGCUCCCGGGAGGCCGCCGCCCUCAUGCUCCUGCCCCUGCCCAAGGAUAACACCCCCUGCUCCCCGCCCAGCACCAGGGACUAGACAGGCCAUGGGGCCGGCAUCAGGCCUGCAGGCACCUGGCGUCCCCCCAGGGUGGCCAGCGCGGACCCUCGCCCGGCGCACACGGCUCCUCAGCGGCAGGAAGGAAGCCAAAUAAAGCUCACUGGCCACUCGGGCUGACCAUGUGUUCUUGUCACUUGCUGUGUUUGGGGAAGAAGCAGAUACGCCCGCGUGCUGAGAACUGACAAACCUGGCGUGAAGAAUAAAGCUCGCUGUGUGUGAAGGCGUUUUAUUCAUCUUGUGAAAAAGAGCCUCUGGGCUUCC